AUGGCAGGCGACGACAGCCCGACGUCGCCUGUCCUGGCGCUGCGAGCAGCCUUUGGCGACCGAAAGCCGCCCAACAUCAGCCGCAAGAUCACGGCGUGCGUUGCCUGUCGCAAGCAAAAGAUUAAAUGCCACAUGAACGACGGCCAGGCGCCGUGCACACGCUGUAAGGCGAGGGGCCUUUCGUGCACGGUCAACCGCAGCCUCCAGAUGCUCCUGGAGAGCGACACGUCGUGGAAGCAUGCCAUGGAAGAGAAGAUGCGCCGACUCGAGGCCAUUGUGUCUAGAGUAGCCAGAGAUGCGAUGCCAGCCGAAGCCCUAGGACACAUCGAAGAUGACCAAGCGGACGGCCCCGGAAACCCGAAUGACAGCCGCAGUAAUGACCAGCUGGAUGACCAGGACGGCCGCACCGGGCCUGACGCAGAUGGACAUCGUAAUGGUGACCACGGUGCCAAUCACUGGGACAUUGUCAUGGACCUGGACUCAGGUCCGGGUGCUGUGCCGGGGUUUUACAUAUCCGACACACCGCCGUCACAGGCCGAGAUUGGUGGAAGAGGGCCUGUUGGUGAACGUACCACGCUUGAUGGACAACCUGUAUGCGGAACUGACAACAUGGUGCCUCGGGGAAUCCACAACACAAUCACCAAUCGAGAUUUUAUCGCGCGUGGCAUCGUGCCUCUCGAACGUGCCCAAGCGUACUUUGACCGCUACCACAACCGCAUGGACCACUUUCCCUACCGCAUUCUCUGUGACCACGGCCCAGUCAGCCUAGCCAGCCUGCGUGCCACGUCUCCGCUUCUGGUUGCCGCUGUCUGCUCGGUGGGCGCACUACACACAUACACAGACGACCGUGCUGGGGACCCGGCUGACUUCGACCAGCUGCACGCUGAAUUUGUAGCGCAAUGUGCGCGCAAAGCCAUGUCCAAGACGUGCACCAUGGACGACGUACGAGCACUGUGUAUCGGUGCCUUCUGGCUCGGUGCUGACUUAUCGUGGUCGUUGGUGGGCACCGCCGUUCGAAUGGCCACUCAGCUCCAACUGCACCGCUCUUUCCGCCGAGGACUGCGUGAUGGAGCCAACCGGAACGACUUUCGGGUGCAUUACCUACGCACACGGUUGUGGUACCUCGUCUACGUCUGCGAUCACCACUUUUCCGUCGUCUACGGACGACCACCGCUUACACGCGAGGACGAGUCGGUUCGCAACGCGCGCCGGUUUAUCGACGGCCCACACGCAACCGAAGACGACGCACGCCUCGUUAGCCAGGUGCUCCGCUGGAGCCUGUGCUCCAACAUCUUUGACACAUUUGGUGUGGACGCAACGCGGGCCCUGGAUGACGUUGAGAUACCACAUCUGCGCCGCUUUGGCCUCGCUCUGGACGGCCUCCGAGCUGAGUGGGUAGACCGAUUCCGUCCUAACCCGCAUGUCGGCAACUAUCCUCGAAAGGGCGUCCAGCUACAGUAUAACUUUGCAAAGCUGUACCUGUACUCACACGCUUUCCGCGGCCUUCCUGACGGUGGACAGAGAAUCCGUGGGCCUACGGAGACAUACACUCCUGGGGUGCCUCCCACGACUACCCCGACGGCAGCCACCUCUACAGGUUCGUCGCCAUCUCUUACAGACGCCGCCAUGGACCUUGACGAGGCUUCCAACGCGGGCGUCCUCGCAGCCUUGUCGAUACUACGUGCCGUUGUCACCGACGCAGAAAUACAGUCGUACCUCAACGGCUUGCCAAUCUACUUUGAUGUGAUGAUAGCUUUUGCAGCAGUGUUCCUUCUCAAGGUGGCGUCCGGAUGCUCGGCGUCUGUCCUGGUCAACGUGCGAGAAAUCACAAGCCUCAUUGUCACACUCGUGGCCACACUCAAUCGCAUAACCGGCACCAUGCACCCACGCCACUUACUCGUGAGUAUCACAAAAGGCAUCGAUAACCUACUGCAAAAAUCGGGUCUCGUUGGUCUUGACAAGGGCGGCGGUACAUUGCCCCAGCAACAGCGGCCAGGAUCGACACAGGACUCUUUGACGCCGUCGACCUCCGCCGAAAACGACUCUGACUCCAUAGUCGUGCAGUCGAUACACGCAUCAGAUUCUGAAGGCAUCCACCAGGCAACACACGAGGCGCAUCAGGCAACAGCCCAAAUCACGGGAGGUCAUCCAAUGCCCGGCUUAUUUGCUACCGAUCAAGCUUGGGCGGGCCACGCACAGGCGGACGUGUAUUUUAUGGGCGAAUACGACAUUUUGAUGAAUCAGGACAUGAGCUUCGACAUGCAGUUUCCGGUGGAUCCUGAAAAUUGA